AUGGCACCUGCGAUUUUAACCGGCUUCCUUCCUCUGUGCAUGUGUCUGCUGCUGACACCUGGCUUUGCUGAGGCAGGCAAGCUGCUGGUAGUACCCAUGGAUGGGAGCCACUGGUUUACCAUGCGUCCGGUCGUGGAGAAACUUGCCCACAGAGGGCAUGAGGUGGUCUUAGUCAUACCAGAGGUGAGUUGGUACCUGGGAAGUUCAUUCAAUCUUACGGUAAAGACUUAUUCCACGUCUUACACUCUGGAGAAUUUGAAUAGUGAGUUCCAGAAGUUCUCCGAUUUUCACUGGAAAGCUCAGCCACGAAGUCUACUUCUUAUGUUGAUGAGUUCGUCCAACAAAGCUUUUGACUACUUUUUUUCACAUUGUAAGAGUUUGUUUGAGGACACAAAAUUAGUAAAAUACUUAAAAGAGAGUUCUUUUGAUGCAGUGUUUCUAGAUCCUUUUGAUAUGUGUGGCUUAAUUGUAGCCAAAUAUCUUUCACUCCCAUCUGUGGUCUUCACCAGGGGAGUAUUUUGCCAUUAUCUUGAAGAAAGCACUCAGUGUCCCAUGGCUCUUUCUUACGUUCCUAGAGAUUUCUCAGGGUUCUCUGAUGUCAUGACUUUCGGACAGAGACUGUGGAAUCAUAUCCGGCACUUGGAGGAACGUUUAUUUUGCCACUAUCUUUUCAAAAAUGUUGUAGAAAUCGCCUCUGAGAUUCUCCAGACAACUGUCACAGCAUCUGAUCUCUUCAGCCAAAUAUCAAUUUGGUUGUUACGACGUGACUUUGUUUUGAACUAUCCCAAACCUGUGAUGCCCAACAUGGUCUUCAUCGGUGGCAUCAACUGCUACGAGGGAAAGCCGUUGUCAAAGGUGCUCCCUGGCCUCUUGCUCUGCCUGUGGGUCGGGCGAUGGGCCGAGGCUGGGAAGGUGCUGGUGGUCCCCAUGGAGGGCAGCCACUGGCUCAGCAUGCGGGAGGCCGUGCGGGAGCUCCAUGCCAGAGGCCACCAAGCAGUGGUCCUUUCUCCUGAGGUGAAUAUGCACAUCAAGGCAGAGGACUUUUUCACCAUGAAAACCUAUGCCAUUCCAUACACCCAGGAUGAAUUUGAUUACAUCAUGACAGGUUUUCGUUUGAACUUGGGCGGGGUCUGCGCCGCGGCCGCAGGCGGACGGCGCAGGUCGGGUCCCUCCCGUCCGCGCUCCCCGGCCCCGAGGCGGUCGAUGGGACCGAGCGCCGCGGAGCAGGCGGCGGCGCCCGUCGCGGGGCUGGGGCAGCGCAAGAGCCCGCCGGGAGGCUCGGGCACGGCGGGCCGCAGGACCUGA